AUGAAUUGGAUGUGGUCAACUCAAGCAGCGUUAUGGGCUCUGUGCUGUUGCUUGCUGCCAGUCUCGCAAUCAGCUCAUAUACUGGGCGUAUUUGUGAAUGUGCAUCGUUCGCAGCUUUUGGUGCACUUGGCAGUGGCACGUGUGCUGCUGCAGCGUGGACACCAAUUGACGUUGGUUACGAGUCGAGAACUUCCAGCGGAAUGGCAGCGUGAGAAUAUAACACAUAUAUUGGUGCCUUGGGAGCUGCAGUUACAGUCGCAGCAGCAGUUUGGUGCUAACUUUAUUUUGCGCAUGCAGUCGACGUUGGACGCCUUGGAGCAGUCUGGGCAGCUGCUGCUGCAGCCAGGCUGGUUGGAGUUUAUGCAAGCGCAGCCUGCGCAGCGUUAUGAGCUGUUGUUGCUUGGCUAUCAUUUCAAUGAUCAUCUGCUGGGAGUUGCUGCUCAUUUUAAAUGCCCUGUUGCCAUUAUAAGCACACAGCAGCCCACAGGCUUUGUGCACAGUCUAAUGGGCAAUCCCGAGGAGCGCUGGUAUGUGCCACAGCCCUACGAUAGUCGUCAGCGGCGUGGCCUGGAAGCCUGGCUGUUUGGUCUGUGGGAGAAAUCAAUGGAACUGCUGGCCCGACGUGUUAUGCAGCGCAUCUACAGCGCACACUUUGGCAGCUCACGCUAUCCAAGCUUUGAGCAUAUACGUCAACGCGUUGCCUUGGCCCUGAACAAUCAUCAUAGCCUAAGCGAGGGACCCAUAGCGCCGUUGCUGCCCAGCAUGUUGGAUAUAGGCGGCAUACUGCUGGAACAGCUGCCAGCCUUGGAGUUGUCAGCGCAUCCAAAGCGUCCAUUUAUACUCUUUAGUCUGGGCACGCGCUAUAGCUGGCGCAGUGCCAGCGGCGCAGCGCUGCAGCAGAUCUUUGUGCAUGUCUUUGCGCAGUUUCCAAACUACGAUAUCUACUGGACCUAUGAUGGCAACAAUGGCAGCGCUAUAAGCGCAGCUUAUACACACAUUAAGCUAGCCAAGUGGUGGCCACAAGCGCAGCUGCUGUCGCUGCCACACGCGCGUCUGUUCAUCACGCAUGGCGGCAAGGGCAGUCUUACUGAAGCGCUUUACUUUGGCCACACGCCUGUGCUGGGUUUGCCCUUCAAUGGAGAGCAGCGCGCAAAUUUGGGCAAAGCACAAGCCAAGGGCUGGGCUUUGAUGUUCGACAAACGCCAACUGACUACGGAUCAACUGCUAUGUGGCAUGCAACGUGUGCUCAGCGAGCGCAGCUUCAAACAACAUAUACAAACUGCUGCUAGGAUCUACAAGGAUCGUCCAUUAAAUGCCAGUCAGCUAACUGUCUAUUGGCUGGAAUAUAUACUACGUUAUAAAGGCGCAUUGCAACUCUCGGGAACCGCUCGGGAGCUGCCACUUUACGAGUUUUAUCUGCUCGAUGUGCGUCUUUUUAUCUAUUCCAUGCUCAUCAUACUCAUCUUUAUGCUUUUUUGGCUGGACAAACGCAUUAAUGGAGCAUGAAGCGUAACAUUAAGGAAUAACAGGCGAAUAUCGCGCCAUAAACAACGAUGAUGAUGAUGAUGAUAAUGUUGUUUAUAAUGCGACUGAAGUUGAUGUUGAAUAUUCAUAAGCAAGGUCAAGCAUUGAGCCUCAAUUGUGCACAGGUUUAGUAUCUUGCCACAGCAAUCAAUGUAAACAAGCUGACCCACCAACAACAAACAAAAAUUCCAGCAAGUCAUUCUGUUAGUUGCAGGCACCUUUUGAU